GAAGUUCCAGAACAGGGUGACCCAGACAAGCCUACCUGUUGACGUUGGAGAAUGGAUCAAGCUGAAGGUCCACAAGAGGAAGUGGAACCACCCCAGAUGGAUGGGUCCGUACCAGGUCAUCGCGGCGACACCCACAGCAGUGAAGGUCCAGGAGCGCGAGGGGUGGCAUCACCUAUCACACUGCCAGAAGACGUCCCAACCAUCAUAACAGAUAAGAGUGCACACCCAGACCCAGAUGUUGUUACACAUGACCACUAUGGUCACAUUGUUAAAAAGAAAACUUGGGGUAAACCUUUGAGGUACAUGUUUUUGAUACUUCUUAUCAUCCACCAGCAGCCUCUUUUGGGGGGAAUAGAGAUCCAAUAAAAUCAAUUGAAGACCGGUAACCAAUGGGUAAAAAUGGUCCAGAACCUGAGCCGACAAGCCACACCUAGUGGUUCGUAUGUAGUCCCUUUUUUUGUGAACAAAUGUGCAGUGCACUUACUGAACUGUGAAAGGUAGCCAUACAGCCACAAAGCAUCUAGUCUGCCGGAAAACUACAAGAAGAAGAAGAAGAAGACUGGAGUAGGACUUUAAGUCCUGGUUUAACAUCUGGAGUAGGACUUUAAGUCCUGGUUUAACAUCUGGAGUAGGACUUUAAGUCCUGGUUUAACAGGAGGAAGAUAGAAGUACAGUACCAGAACCUGACCGAGGCUACUUGCGUUUGGGAUCUAUUAUUACUGGUAUUAGAGCGCCAUCUUCUGGUCCAAAGUUAAAAACCUUUCCAGAAGUUUCUGCUGUAGUAUAUACACAUAGGGGACAGUUCAAUGUAUGUGAGCGUACACUUUUUGUUACAUGUAUUGUGUGUGUUGAUUGAUUGAUUUAUUGAUUUGUUCGGUGGGCCUGUUUCAAACUACAACCACAAACAAUUGAAUAUUUUUCUUAGGUGGUUGUUACCUAUCCAUUUUUAACGCAAUCUUAAUUCAAGACCUGGUAUGUGAGUAGAUUCCGGUGUACAUAAUGCCAGUCUUUAGGCUAGUAAUUUGUCUAGUACAUUCUAGUGUUAGCAUAGUAGGCCUAAUGGAACAUUUUCACCACCAGGAUGCAGCAAAUGACUGAACAAAAAGAGCCACCUUGAAGUAUCCCAUGACGUCAAAAGGAAUGUGUGAGGCAUGUGCUCUCAUGGGAAGAGGAAGAUCAAGGUCCAAGGGUUCCAUCUGGAGUUUGUGGAGAGAGUUGUUCAUGACCACACCCCUCAGACCAUCCAUACCAACUACAGCUCUGAGACUCUGUGGUACCACACACCUCUCUUUGAACACAUCAACCAGGCAGUCACCUCCACUGUGUCUCUGAGAGUGGCCAAUCAGACACUGGCCUGCUCAUCACAGCUCACCUACCAUCCCGACCCAGAAUUCACCAGCUACACCGCAAUCAAGACAGGAAAUGACCUGCGUGUCACCAUUGAGAAAAGGGCUGACAAGUUGAACAUCACCACAGAAGAGAUCUUAGUGUUUGGUGUUCAGGAGGAGAACCAGGAUGUAGAGUGUGUCAUGGACACCAUCCAGACGAGCAACGAGACUGACUCUGUCAUCUGUGAGAUAAAGAACACUCACAACGCUAACAUCAAGUCAGUGAAGAUAAGAGUUGGCAAUGUCACAAUAAACCUUGAUUCAACGCACACGGUACUGCUAAGACUCUUUCUGCUUAUACCCAUCAUCACUAUAGUCAUCGUUGUAUUCCUUAUCCUGCUGGGGAUCGCAAUGGCCAAACUUGUUAUUCAUUUCCUUGAUCUGCAUCACUGACAACAACGCAGUGAAGGACCGAACAAAAAGUGGGAUCAUGAGGACAUCAAAGUAAUGUGUGAGGCAUUCACUCUCGGUUACGUAUUUCAUUAUUGAAUCAAAGUAUUUCAAUCUCAAUAAUCAUAUAGGUGACUUUGAUGUCGACACUGGCAUUUUAAUAGGCAAUAUAGGCAUUACCACAAAUGCACGUUUGGAGACGUUUUGGAAACAUUCAAACAGCGAUGUUGAGAUUGAAAGGUAAGGAACUAACGUUAAUUUCGACAUCACGGUAGAGAGUUAAACACGGAAGUCUGAGUCUCGGUACAUAACCGCCGGAACUAAAUUUAAUGACCUAAAGUUAAGACAUAGUUGCAGCAUCCAUCCACUGUGCGCUUUUACGCAAUCCCUUUUAUUGGCCUCCGGCACCGUAUGACAGUGGCAUCAGAGACGCAGAACGGAGUUUACCAUGCACUCUCUCAGGCUUGACUGACUGCAUGACAUACGAGAUGAGGGCUGUUUUCUGGGGCGUUCUCCUCGCCUGUGUGGACUGGGGUCGGGGCCAGGAGAAUCACACAUUUGAUGGAGACGUCCGCGACUUUGCCAUUGGUGACCGCUCGGUAUACGUCGUUACGGAUGACCGACUCUACCAGCUGAACCAUGAUUUUACCAACGUUAUAAAGAGGGACAAUCCGAAAGUAGUUUAUCCUAAACAAGAGGCACCUCUUUCCAAUGAAACGUAUCUAUUUAAGGUGAACAUUUUACUGCCAUUCAUCAAAAACGAGACCUUGAUCAUCUGUGGAACCACAAAAUGCGGUUACUGUGAAAUACUGGAUCUCAACGAAAUCUCCAAAUCUGUGUAUUCGGAGGAUAUUGAAGUGGGUUCAUUGGACCCUGGAGAUUCAACCAUUGGCUUUAUUGUUGAUGUCGGUACGAACUCCUACAUUAUGACUGGAAGGUUGCAGAGUGGUGUGCAUAACGCGUGUGCCAAUACAGAUCGAUUGCUUGUCCUACGGAAUUCACUAGAUGGACAGAAUGGGGGAAUCUUUUCUGAUACAGGUGAGCAUGUGACUCCGUAUAUUGACGCCAGACAAAAGGAGAAGUUUCAGUUUGUGGACGGCUUUCAGAGUAAUUCACACAUCUACGUGUUCUUGAACCUUCCCAAAAAGCGUAAAGUUCGACUUAUUUGGUUCAAGAGCGAGAACAAUAAAGCAAGUACUUUGGAGUCCCUCAAUGGUGCGACACUCAAAUGCUGUGGAAACAUGGAGCGCCGGGAGCUCCUAUCUUCCUCUGUGAUUCAAGGUCCUGGUGGGCUCCAUGGGCAGGUGCUCUGGGCAGGUGUGUUCACGGAUGGUAACACAAGCGACCCCAUCAACACCAUGCUGGCCAUCUAUAACAUCAGCUCUACAAGGCCUCAUCUCAAAUACGAUGACCCAGACUUCUGCUAUGAAGACUGUGCAAUGUCAAAGGGUACCACCUUGAACCUGCAGCCUGAGGCAGUGGUGUUUCAAUACAGCUCCAUGACAUCAGUGUUGGCAGUGAGACACAACUCCUGGCUGGUGUUCUUCAUCGGGACAGGAGACGGACAACUCAUCAAGCUUGCUGUAGACAAGGCCUACAAACCUGCCUGUCCCAGAGUGCUCUACAAGUCAGAUGACGACCGCCGUGUGUUUCCCAAGAUGCACCUGGAUCCAGUGGACCGCAAACAUGUGUACAUGGCACUGAGGAACCAGAUGAUACGUGUGCCUAUGGCUCAGUGCAGUGAACACAAGAGUCUGAAGGACUGUUGGUCUGCUCAGGACCCCUUCUGUGGCUGGUGUGAGUCAAGAUGUUCGUUUCAGGAUGACUGCCUUCAGCCUUCAGCCUGGAUCUCCAUCUCUGAGGACUCCCAACAACAGAACAUGGUCUCUUACCAGGUGGAGAAGAGCAGCAGUGGAGAGAAGAUCACACUCACUGUCAAGGUCCACCUGACUCUGAAUGGGACAGGAAGUCUCACCUUUGCCUGUAACUUCCUCAAUAGAAGCGGUCAUAUGUGUGACAGGACAACCCCCGCUCCAGCUUUUCCUCGAUGCUCCUGCCUGUUCUCCAGCGACCAGCUUCCUGCUGGAGGUUUGAAUGUCACAGUGAAGAUAAGAGUGGGGAAGCAGAACCUUGCUGAGAAACUGAUGCUCACUAACUGUUUAGACAUCACUGGACCACCUACCUCUGCCCUGUGUUCUCAGUGCAUGACAGCUGGAUGUAGCUGGAGUAAUGAUGCCUGCUCCUGGACCCCCAGGUCUGCCAACUCAGACCCCAUACAGGACGUGUGCAGACUCAGCCAGUCAGGAUUGAACUACUCUGAGCCAGUGAUAUUUUCCAUAGAGCCCAGUGUUCUGUCCUUCCAUGGGAGAAACCAUGCCUUGAUGAAUGGAGAGAACCUGGAUCAUGUGAUCAAGGUUCGCAUCCAAGGGCACAUGAACUGCAGUCUCAAGGAGUCUCCAGUGUGGAACCACACUGGGUCCAGUCUGACGUUCCACAUCCCCGGUGGAGACAAAGGUUCUGUCAGUGUGUGUGCCGUGCUGCCAGAUGGUCGCUGUCUGGGCAAGGCCACUGUCACCUAUGGGUCCUCACCAUCCUGCACUGGGCUAAUACCAAGCUCUACCUGGGCUAGUGGGAAGAGGAAGAUCAAGGUCCAAGGGUUCCAUCUGGAGUUUGUGGAGGGAGUUGUUCAUGACCACGCCCCUCAGACCAUCCAUACCAACUACAGCUCUGAGACUCUGUGGUACCACACACCUCUCUUUGAACACAUCAACCAGGCAGUCACCUCCACUGUGUCUCUGAGAGUGGCCAAUCAGACACUGGCCUGCUCAUCACAGCUCACCUACCAUCCCGACCCAGAAUUCACCAGCUACACCGCAAUCAAGACAGGAAAUGACCUGCGUGUCACCAUUGAGAAAAGGGCUGACAAGUUGAACAUCACCACAGAAGAGAUCUUAGUGUUUGGUGUUCAGGAGGAGAACCAGGAUGUAGAGUGUGUCAUGGACACCAUCGAGACGAGCAACGAGACUGACUCUGUCAUCUGUGAGAUAAAGAACACUCACAACGCUAACAUCAAUUCACUGAGGAUAAGAGUUGGUAACUUCACCAAAACACUUUUACCAAAACAAGCUGCACCUUCACUGCUAAUCAUCCUUGUGCUUUUACCCAUCAUCAUUGUGGUCAUUGUGGGUGCGGUGUGGUAUUCCUACAAUAAACAGAGGAAAAUGGCGGCACAAAUGAACAAGCAGCUGGAACUACUGGAAUGUGACAUCAGAAAUGACAUCAGACAAGGAUUUGUGGAUAUGCAGACGGAAAAGUGUGAUUUAAUUGAGAACGUUGGAGCCAUCCCUUUCUUGGACUACAAGCACUUUGCUUCCAGGAUCUUCUUCCCUGACGGUGGACCUGUGAUGACCUCCUGUAUCAAAGACAUUGGCCAGGACGCGGUGAAGGUGCAGCCAGACAAGAGCUGUCAGGCCCUGUCCAGACUGAUCCGGGAUCAGGUGUUCCUCACCUCCUUUGUCCACGCUCUGGAGGAGCAGAAGAACUUCAACGUCAAGGAGAAGUGUGCGGUGGCCUCCCUGCUGACCGUGUCCCUCCACGGUGACCUGCCCUACCUGACCCAGGUGAUGGAGGAACUACUCAGGGCUCUGAUGGAUCAGCCCAGUAACUCCCAGCCCAAACUCAUGCUGCGACGCACCGAGUCCAUCGUAGAGAAGCUGCUUACCAACUGGAUGUCCAUCUGUCUCUACGGCUUCCUCAGGGAGAGCGUGGGCCAGCCCCUUUUCCUGCUGGUGUGUGCUCUGACCCAGCAGAUGUCUAAAGGCCCAGUGGACUCAGUCACAGAAAAGGCUCUUUACACACUUAACGAAGACUGGUUACUGUGGCAGGCUCAGGACUUCAGCCCAAUGAGGCUACAGGUGCUGUUUGCUGUGGGAACAGACGGAGAGGUCAGUGAGCCUCUUGAGGUCAAUGCUCUGGACUGUGACACGGUGGAGCAGGUCAAGGAGAAGAUUCUCCUGGCCUUCAAGACCAAGUUUGGCUUCCCCUACAACACCCCUCUCCAACAGAUGCACAUCGAGUAUGAGAAGAAUGGAAGGUUUGUCCCACUGAAGGAGGUGGAUGCCAGCUCAGAGGUUCUAGGAGAAGUGACCAUGCUCAACACACUCAAGCACUACAAGGUACCAGAUGGAGCGUCCAUCAAAGUGCUCUCUAAGACCCAUCCCAGUCUGAGUCCUCAGAGCAGCCUGAAAGACGAUCAGAACUACUCCACAAAGUACUUCCAUCUGAUUGACCCUGACAUUGACCAGGACCAAAAGAAGAACCCAGAGAGGAAGAAGCUGAAACUGAAGGAAGUGUACCUCACCAAGCUGCUCUCCACCAAGGUGGCUGUGCAUUCGUUUGUGGAAAACCUGUUCAGAACGAUCUGGGGAACCCCUAACCUCAAAACCCCGCCUGCCAUCAAGUACUUCUUUGACUUCCUGGACGCCCAGGGAGAGAGCAAGAGGAUCAGUGACCCGGAUGUACUGCACAUCUGGAAAACCAACAGCCUGCCCCUGCGGUUCUGGGUGAACAUCCUGAAGAACCCCCAGUUUGUGUUCGACAUGGAGAAGACCCCGCCUCUGGACGGCUGUCUGUCUGUCAUUGCCCAGGCCUUCAUGGACUCCUUCUCCCUGGCUGAGAAACAGUUGGGCAAGCAUGACCCAACCAAUAAGCUGCUCUAUGCCAAAGAUAUCUCCCAGUACAAGCAGGAAGUAAGGGCUUACUACAAGCAGGUCAGGGACCAGCCACCAAUCAGCAGCUCUGAGUUCAAGGAAUUCCUGCAUGAGGAGUCAAAGAAACAUGAAAACGAAUUCAAUGAAUCUGCUGCCCUCUGGGAGCUCAACAAGUACAUGCAGCGGUACUUUAAUGAGAUUAAACUGAAGCUGGAUCAGAACGGCGCCCCCGUGGAGUUGAAGGAGCAACUGCAGCAUGUGAAGAGCCUGUUUGACAGCCUCAAGAGCUGUUCCUGGAACUGAGCUCACUCCCUCCCUCUCGACAUGCUGAAUGCCAGAAAGCUACUCUAAGUACCGAUGCCCACCCCGCUUUGUGAUUCAAAGACGGAAUAUGUCAGGAGACUACAUAGGGAUUUACAACAAGAAAAAAAAAAGGGGGGGGAAAAAACUAAAAUAGGGAGGCUUUUCAGAUUACUGGGAUGAACCAAAUGAUUGCAGGAAUUAGCAGGUCACAUUCCAGCCAGACAUUUACCCAGAAGCAGGGAAUAUACUCUUAUUCUGAAGCUGGGACUUUUGUUUCCUCAACCGAAACUGAAAGAGUUCAGCGCUUCUAGUGGCUCACAACACCAAAAAAUAUGUACACAACCUCAGUAAAGCAUAAACAUUUAUUUGUAUGAAUUGCAAAUACAAAAACACAUACAUCUUGAAAUAACAUUACAAAAAAGUUGUAUAAAUGUUGUGCAGCUCUUUAGAGCCAUGAAACCAACUUUUAACACAUGCCUUUGGGACUAUCACGCUUUUAAAGUGAUGGCCUUAGUGUAAACAUUUGAUACAAAUCUCACAACAGUCAAUUAAAACUCUGAGGAAGUCAUUGGUUGGCCAUUGAAAUCAUUAUUUACAUAGGCAUCAACAGCAAAGGCAUGGAAGGACUAGAGUACCGUUACUCACCAAGGAAUGUAAACAUUGAAUCCAUGUAGUUCUCUUUUCAUUUGACAUGUUUUGUGCCAAUAAAAUCAAACUUUUUCAC